AUGGCUCCUUCGAAGUGGAUUUCUGCCGUGCUCGUCGGCUGUCUGUCCAGCGUUGCUCUGGGCAUGCCGACGUCAACUACCGAUCACCUGGUCAAGCGAGCCAACAUCGACGAUUCUGCUACUGGCUAUGCCAGUCAAAAUGGCGGAACCACCGGUGGUGCUGGAGGUACUACCACCACGGUUUCUUCCUAUGCGGCAUUCACCGAGGCUGUCUCUGGCGAUGAUGCAAAGGUUGUCGUUGUUAGUGGCAAGAUUACCAAGGCUGCCGACCAGGCUCGCGUUGGCAGCAAUACUAGCAUCAUUGGCAAGGACUCGAGCGCCAUUCUCUCGGGCUUUGGAGUUCUCGUCAAGGAGGCUUCAAACGUCAUUAUCCGCAACCUGGGCGUCGAAAAGGUUCUCGCCGAUAACGGUGAUGCCAUCGGCAUCCAGUAUUCCAAAAACGUCUGGGUGGAUCAUUGUGAUGUCUCGUCCGACAGAGACCAUGACAAGGAUUACUACGAUGGCCUGAUUGACGUUACCCACGGAUCUGAUUAUGUGACCGUCUCCAACACUUUCAUCCAUGACCAUUGGAAGGCCUCUCUGGUCGGCCACUCGGACAGCAACGGCGAUGAGGACACUGGCUACCUGCAUGUGACCCAAAACAACAACUACUGGUACAACAUCAACUCUCGCGCACCAUCUUUCCGCUUCGGUACUGGCCAUAUCUACAAUAGCUACUUCCAGGAUGUGAGUGAUGGAAUCAACACUCGCCAGGGGGCUCAGCUCCUGGUCGAGUCAAAUGCCUUUACGGGUAGUAAGAAGCCCUUGUACUCCACCGAUGAUGGCUAUGCGGUGUCGAACGACAAUGAUUUCGGUGAUGGUGAGAAUGCCGCAGAGCAAGGUACUCUUACGUCUGUGCCUUACGACUAUGACCUCGUCGGGUCGGGCAGUGUGAAAAAUGCAGUCGUCGGUACAGCUGGCCAGACUUUGUCUUUCUAA